GCGUGAGGCCGCUUCCUGUCGCUGGGGGCGGAAAGGGGCCGGGGAGGGUGCGCAGCCCUGGUGCUCCGCCCGCCGAGGCACCGGCGCCUGAGGCCUCCCCGUAGUGGCAGCCGAGGUAAGGAUGAAUUACUGUGUUUGCACUGAUGCUGUUGUAGCCUCUGAGGAUCAAAGGCUGAGACAGUCAGGCACAGUUUCCACUCCGGGCAACGUAAACUGAUGUCAGCAGCAUCGCAGCGUGUUUGGUCAGCAAGUUCCAUAUUCUGGUAGAUGCCAGUUUGCAAUGAGUCUUAAAACCAUCUGGAAAGACUACAAAGUUCUGAUCGUUAUGGCACCUAGCCUUGCGCUGGUGCACUGGGGCUGGUUUCACAUCAAGUCUAGUCCUCUCUUCCAAGUGAAGACAGAGAGCUUUGUUCCAGAACCUGGGAUUGUGGCAUAUGUGAUGCAAAGCAAUGAGAAAAAUAAAGAAAAAUAGCAUUAGUCCUGUGUAUUUUGGGAAUAACUAGUUCUGAAGCUUUUAAUCUGUGAGUGUUGCCAGAAGAAAAGAUGAAGAAAGCAAACUGGAGUAGAAAAAAAUUUCUGCUUGUGGCAGGGCUGUCACUUAUAGGUUUCCAUUUUGGAAGCAUGCUUGUAAACUUUGCUGCAAAAAAAUCUGUUCAAUCACAUUCGGAAGCUAAAAAAAACUAGUCAUCAAUGAAA